AAUCAGAAAGCAGCAGAGGAAGAAUGAUUAUUCUGACAUAUAAAAUGACUGAGAAAUAACUGUCUGUUUCUCAAUGUAAGUCAAUGGGACUUUGGCCUUUUUGGAACCCAGUGGUACUUCCUACAUGGAACAUGGAAGGAGGGGGGGUUGAUCAGUCCAGUUCUUAUAUACAGUCGAUGAUUCUACCGACGAGCACGCGGGAGUGGGCGGGGCUCCCUAGUUGUGCUUGAAUGCUCUUAUUUUGAAGGGCACGUACCGGAAGCUGUUAUGUUACGGCGGAAAGACGGUAAUGUUAGCCAAAACAAGCGCACGACGGCAGUGCGGUCGAGUUUCACGAUGGAGAGGCGGCGCACGGCUAAAGAAGACAUUUGUCCUCUGGACAUUAAGUGGACGAGGAAGGACAGCACCGCGCUCGCUACCCCACGGGGAAGCCCCGCCCAGCUUGGACAGGAAGAGGACCAAAGUGCUGUUUCAGACUGGGGGGCAGCUUUGGACACAGAGGACAAACUGUCCAGUGAUGACGAGCUGGGACGACUAGACAUUGAUCUGGACCGAAAAUCCAGACAACACAACCUGACCUCCAACAACGUGCGCACCAUCCUCCAUGAGGUGAUCACACACGAGAGGGUGGUAGCUAUGAUGAAGGCGGCCAUCAUGGACACAAAGGACUUCCCCCUGUUCGAACCAAAGAUGACCCGGUCUAGAUUAAAACAGGUGGUCCAGCAGGAACAGGCUGAUACCUGGAGUCUGUCAUUAUUGAAUCCUGUAAAGCCUCCUCAGUUUGUGGAUAUUGAUCUUGAGGAAGAUGAAGACUCAUCUGAUGAAGAAUACUGUCCUGACGAGGAAGAAGAGGACACGGCUGAGGAGACCCUGCUGAGUGAUGCAGACAGCUUGGCCUCGCCCCCCAGGACUCAGAUAAGGAACCCAGCUGCUGAAAACCUGAAACGGAGUCUUUCAGGAGAUCUGAGAGGACCGCUGGAGACGUCCACAGAAGCUGAUGUGCAGCUGGUCUAUGGUCCUGCUGAACGCUCUUUCCUGGAAAAACUCGGAGCUGUGGAUGAAGAGUUGGCCUGCAGCCCCGCCUACACCUAUGAUCAGUCCAUGGACAGAAAACAUGAGGAUGGUGUUGACGAAGGCUCCAGCUGUUUGGCAUUCCGCACGCGCUCCAAACUUCCGCUGGUCAACAUCCCGUUGGACCAGCUGGAGGCGGAGCUUCUGGCUCCUGACAUCACGGCGGACAUGUAUGAGCAGAGCUCCACCCAUCAGGACGAGGACUGUCAUUGGACAAACUGGCUGCAGAGUCUCAUGGCGCCAGACUGUGAAGAUGAAGUUGAGGAUGAGGAUGACCCCGAGUACAACUUCCUGGACGAGCCUGAUGAACCGGACCUAGAGGACUAUAGAACGGACCGUGCAGUCCAGAUCACCAAGAAGGAAGUGAAUGAGCUUCUGGAGGAACUUUUUGAUGCACUGCGUGAGGAAGAGGCAGCAGCUGAGGAUGAGGAGGCCCCGUCAGAGAUCCUUCCAAAGUUUAACACCCCUCAAGCUCUACGCUUUGAGGCUCCGUUAGCCAGCAUGCUGACAGAGCGGCGGCAGACGGUCCGAAGGCAGUACGAAGCUGUGCAGCAAAGACGAGCCCUCCAGGACACCACCAACCAGCCUCACCACAGCACCACCCAGACGGGCUCCCCCGCCUCAGUCCUGGUGCUGCCCGGCCUCUGCUCCACCCUUCACCUGAACCCCGUCCAGAAGCUGCAGCUCCAGCAGCAGAUGCAGCAGCACGUACAGCUGCUGACUCAGCUGCAUCUUCUAAGUCGUCGUGUUCCUGCCCUGAACCACCAAGCCUGCCUCAGCAAACGGUACCUGGAAGAGCUGCAGAACUUCGCCUGCCGGAGGGAGGAGCUUCGUCUGACCAGCACUUUCAGAGCGUGUAAUCUUCAGGGGGCGUUGGAUCUCCUGCAGGAGGUGGAGCAGAAAGACGAGGCUCCUCCUCUCCCACCCUGUGCAGCUGCCAAGCGCCUCCUCCCACACAUGACUCCUGCUGUCUGCAGCCACGCCUUCCCGUUGAUGCCAGCGGACAUCGCCUGGCUGUUUGCCACGAGGCCCGUUUUCCUGCACCCAGAACUGCUCCCAGUCUGCAGCCUGGACCCAGCCCUCCACAGCCGACCCCACAGGAGUGUGUACACUGCAGGAGAGGACAGGCUGAUCGUUCUGGGUCUGAAGCAUUUUGAAGGGGCGAUCCAGCCGGAUCAGCUGAUGACCUCCUACCUGUUGUGCAAAAGCCGAUGGAAUGUCCGGAAACAUAUCCGAGAGAUGAGCGGUCCCCGAGCUCCGCAGGGCAACGUCAUCCAGACUUUUAUCCAGCGGGGCAUCCUCCCCCAGAUGACCCCGGUCUGCAGAAGAGUGGAGCCUGCAGACCAGAAGCCCCCGGUGGACAGAAACACCUCCAGCAUGCCGAACUGGCUCAAGAACAGUCAGCUCAUCAUCCAGAAGAACAGACUGGAUGGGAAUUGUUACCCUCUCACCCUCCCCCAAGGCUGCACCCUGAGGCUCCACCCCUCUUAUGUCAGCAAGUCCCGCCCUGCUCGCCGAGUUCAUCGCCGCCUCUUUACUCUGGCCCACAAUGCAUCUCUGCUUCCACUGGCCAAAGCCUUUACAGACAGACAGGUGGGCACACAGGUGAAGGAGGAGGAGGAGGAGCCAACUAGCUGCCUCCCUCCUCCCACCCGGUUCCCCUCUAAUCCUGGGCCGAUAACGGGAGCUCGAUCACCCGUCCCGUCUCCAUUUAGUUCAGUGGCAGCUGCUUACCAAUGCCCCCCCCCUUUGUGUGGCAUGCAAAGCCAGGUUCUGCUGUCUGGUCAUGGCACUACAACUCCCAGCAUUCCAUGCUCAGCUGUUGCAGAAAGUCCAUAUUAUAUUUUUCUUCAGAUGAUGUCUACUCCAAAUAUUUCUGGGACACUUGUUUCCCAGCAUGCACUGGUGCAACAAAAGCAUGAGGAAGGUGAAGUAGUGGGGGGCUCCACAUUUGAGAAGCUGAUGAGACGAGAAAAGGAGGAGAAGACCUCGUCUAUGAGUCCAGCCGGAGCCUGCAGAAGAACUGAGGAGCAAAAGGAGGCAGGGAAGGAGUUUGAGGGGUUGGAUGGGGCAGAAGGAGAGCAAGAGGAGGGCCUAGCAGGAGCAGGGGAAUGGGGGGGCGAUGGGGGUGUAGAGGAGGGUGGAAGACAUGGAGAGGAGCAAGAGGGGGGAGGAGACAGGGAGGAGGAGGCGGGAGAUGGGGAGGAGGGUGGAAGACAUGGAGAGGAGCAAGAAGGGGGAGGAGACAGGGAGGAGGAUGGGGGAGAUGGGGAGGAGGGUGAAAGACAUGGAGAGGAGCAAGAGGGGGGAGGAGACGGGAAGGAGGAGGGGGAAGAGGGGGAGGGAGAAGACGGUGGGCAGGCGGGAGGAGACGGGGGGCAGGAGGGUGGUGGACAUGGGGACGGAGGUGAUGACGAGAAGGGGGAAGGAGGAGAUGGGGAGGAGGGAGAGAAAGAUAAAGAUGACUGUCAAAGAGAUGAAGAGGAGGAGGACGAGGAAGAGGAGGACUUUGAUGACCUCACUCAAGAUGAAGAUGAGGAGGAAGUGAUGUCAUCAGCUUCAGAGGAGUCUGUGCUGUCGGUUCCAGAGCUGCAGGAGACCAUGAAACAGCUGACCUGGCUGGCGGCGGAGCGACGGCUCUGUGGAGAGAGAGACUCGGAUGAAGACCACUCCCCCACCUCCCCCGGCUCUCAGGAGGAAGAGGAGGAAGAGGAGGAAGUGAAUAAGGAGCCAGGAUCAGGAGAGGGGAGGAGUGCCGCGUCCAGUCUGGAUGAGGAGGUGCUUCACAGUAAGAGGGCGUCCAGGAGAGGAGGGCGGGGCCCCAAACGAGGACGAGACCGCAGCCGUCCUCGCCGUGGCCUCAGGAGUCGCCGGUUGGAGCGCCGCAGUAAAGACGCUGCCAAGCUGUUGCUGCUUUAUGACGAGAACAUCCUGGACAACGACCCCCACAGGGACAGCAAAGACGCGGCGUUCGCUCACAGCUACUUGAGCCGGGUGUGUGAGGCGCUGCAGGACAUACCUGGGCAGGUGGAAGAGUUUGUGUCGUUGCUGAAUAGAUUUGAGCAGGUUGCGGAUGGACAGGAGGUGGCGCUGCUGUUCAGGAAGCUGCGCUUCAUCUUGGGAAACCGGACGGAUCUUCUCCGAGACUUUGCAGCAUUCCUGCAUCCCGACCAGGCCCUGCAGUGCGGACUGUUGGAGGAGCAGCAAGCGUUUGAGCGCAGCCGGCGGUUUCUGCGGCAGCUGGAAAUCAGUUUUGGAGAUAACCCGUCGCUCUACCAGAAGAUCAUCAAAGCUCUGCAGACUGGUCCAGACCUGAGUCCUGCUGGGAUCCAAGAGUUGAAAGCCCAGAUGUCCUCACUGCUGAAAGGCCACACCCACCUGCAAGCUGAGUUCUGGGUGUUUUUCGAUGAACUCCGCCCACCUCAAGCCCGACCAGGACAGUUUGAAGAAGCUCAUUGGCUGCAGGAUGGAGACACAGGGGAGGGUUUAAGCUUGCUGUCGGGAGGCGGAGCCAGUGGUGGCUUUGAGGAAGUAUCACUGCCAGAGCUGGACGAUGAAGACGAAGGAAUGAAGAUCCAGUCGAUAAAGAGCCGGCGCCAAAGGAGAAAAAUUGAGUCUCACACAAGCUACAAGAGCUCAGUGAGUGUGUCCAGAGCCGCGAAAAGCCUGAACACUCUGUACACUCAUAUUAGCUCCUCCAACUGUGAACAAGGGGAGGGGAACCACGACAACCUUCAUCCAGAUCAGAGCAGUGCAUCCUGGGAUGAUGGAAUAAACCCUGCAGAUGAAAAGGAGGAGGAGCUUGAUGACAGACAACAGAAAAAACCCGAGGAGACAUCUGCACUGGAAUCCUCCGGCUCCACCCCUCAUGACCCCCCUGUUUGUGCCAAGAACAUUUCGUUGACAGCAAGUGGAGAAAAGGUUGUCCUCUGGACCAGAGAAGCUGACCGUGUCAUCUUAACCAUGUGUCAGCGGACAGGAGCCAAUCAGAGCUCUUUUCAGGCAAUCUCAUCUCUGCUUGGCAACAAAACGGCUCAGGAGGUGUCUGGCAGGUUUCAAGAUUUGAUGCGGCUGUUUCGGACAGCAGCCCGUCACUGCACCUCGGAGGAUGUGGCUCCACCCACUGAGUCUGUAACCCGAUCAGAAGGAAACUGCCAUAAUCACUAGUUGAAAGUCCUUUUCCAACUUUCAAUGUGGAAAGACUUGUGCUUUCUUAUUCCUCUUCUUUUAAACUGUUGUAAAUACCAGAAUAUUUAUAUGUAUUAAAGGAAAUUCCUAAAAAUC